AUGGCUACUUUACCAGGAACAGUACCUCGAAUGAUGCGGCCAGCACCAGGCCAAAACUAUCCCAGGACUGGAUUUCCACUGGAAGUAUCGACACCGCUGGGCCAAGGUCGGGUGAACCAGCUGGGUGGAGUGUUCAUCAAUGGAAGGCCCCUGCCAAAUCAUAUUCGCCACAAGAUAGUAGAGAUGGCUCAUCACGGCAUCAGACCCUGCGUAAUCUCGCGACAGCUACGAGUUUCUCAUGGUUGUGUUUCCAAAAUUCUUUGUCGGUACCAAGAAACGGGUUCGAUUCGCCCUGGUGCAAUAGGCGGAAGCAAACCCAGGCAAGUGGCAACACCUGACGUUGAAAAACGAAUUGAGGAAUACAAGCGAGAGAAUCCAGGAAUGUUUAGCUGGGAAAUCCGGGACAAACUUCUGAAGGACGGCGUCUGUGACCGAAGCACGGUUCCUUCAGGUGAGGCCUCAUCUGUGAGCUCUAUCAGCCGGGUUUUGAGAGCGAGAUUUGGCAAGAAGGAUGACGAUGACGAUUGUGAUAAAAAAGAUGAGGACGGGGAAAAGAAAACUAAGCACAGCAUCGAUGGCAUUCUUGGCGAUAAAGGCAACCGAACAGAUGAGGGCUCAGAUGUGGAGUCAGAACCAGAUUUGCCCCUGAAGAGGAAACAGCGGCGCAGUCGCACCACUUUCACUGCUGAGCAGCUGGAGGAGCUGGAGAAGGCCUUUGAGAGGACACACUACCCAGACAUCUAUACCAGAGAGGAACUCGCUCAACGGACCAAACUCACAGAAGCACGUGUGCAGGUGUGGUUUAGCAACCGGAGGGCCAGAUGGCGCAAGCAGGCGGGAGCGAAUCAGCUGGCUGCAUUUAAUCACCUGUUACCAGGAGGUUUCCCUCCCACUGGAAUGCCAACCUUACCUACCUACCAGCUUCCCGAGUCCACCUACCCAAGUACUACACUCUCACAGGAUGGCAGCAGCACGUUGCAUCGGCCGCAGCCUCUCCCACCCUCGUCCAUGCACCAGGGUGGUCUCUCCGCAGACAGCAGCUCUGCCUACGGCCUCUCGUCCAACCGCCACACCUUCUCCAGCUACUCCGACACCUUCAUGAGCCCGUCGGCCUCCAGUAACCACAUGAACCCUGUCAGUAACGGCCUCUCCCCACAGGUGAUGAGCAUUCUAAGUAACCCCAGCGCUGUGCCAACCCAACCCCAGCACGACUUCUCCAUCUCUCCCCUCCACAGCAGCCUGGAGUCGUCCAACCCCAUCUCAGCCAGCUGCAGCCAACGCUCUGACCCCAUCAAGAGCGUCGAUAGUCUGGCCUCCUCGCAGUCCUACUGUCCCCCUACCUACAGUGCCACCAGCUACAGCGUUGACCCAGUCACUGCUGGAUACCAGUAUAGUCAGUACGGCCAGACUGCGGUCGACUACCUGGCUAAGAAUGUUGGCCUCUCCACUCAGAGGAGGAUGAAGCUGGGAGACCAUUCUGCUGUGCUGGGACUACUGCAGGUGGAGACUGGACAAGCUUAUUGA